AUGAGCAGUUCUUCUAAUGCGCCCGAACGCGACAGGAAAGGUACUCCCGUUGAUGCCGAUGACAGUGGCGACGAGGAUGUCUUCCACGAUGCCCACUUCCCCGCCGAGGAAGAAGCCCAACUCCUGAACGAAUCACACGAAAUCAAAUCCGAGGCAAAUCAGCUGUUUCUCGCAAAAAGCUAUGACCAAGCCAUCUCCUGCUACGAUCGAGCUCUCGCUUCCUGCCCGAGCUACCUUGACUACGAUGUCGCCAUAAUCCACAGUAAUAUCGCUGCUUGCCAUCUGAAAUUGGAAGAUUGGAAGGCCACCGUGGACUCCGCAACCGUCUCAAUCGAACGCCUGAGCAAGAUUAUCCCGCUGACCCCACAGGACAAAGGCGACGAGUCGAAGGGGAAACAAAUCCCAGAAUCCAAAGAACACACAGAUGCAGUGGUUGAACUAUCCGGGGAUGACGAAGAAGCUGAGUUGAAGGAACUACAACGGUUGCAAGAGCAGGAUGAACAGAGGAGCAAGGUGAUACGACUUCGAGCCAAAGUACUCAUGAGACGUGCAAAGGCGAAGACCCAAAUCGGUGGCUGGGCUAGUCUGCAAGGUGCUGCAGAGGACUACCAGGCCCUUGCUGGAAUUGAAAACCUUGCGGCAGAUGAUAAAAGAGUUGUUCAGCGGGCAUUGCGGGAACUCCCUGAGCGCAUCAAUCAGGCACGGGAGAAGGAGAUGGGUGAUAUGAUGGGCAAGCUGAAGGAACUCGGCAAUGGAAUCUUGAGUCCAUUUGGUCUGUCGACAGACAACUUCAAGUUCGUCCAGGACCCGAAGACAGGUGGCUAUAACAUGAACUUCCAAUCUUGA